UUUUUUCGUGCCUGCGAGUGACGUCACUGCAACAAUGGCGGAGGCUGCAGUGGACGCGAACACGGCGGAGAGGAUGACACAAGCGGCCAUGUCCUUCUUUCACGACGAGAUGACCGACGGGGAAAUGGCCCAGCUGCACCUGGGAGAACUGGACCUGACGACCGAUGAGCUGAUCUUGGAUGAAGUGGACCUGCACAUCCAAGCCAAUCUGGAGGACGAGCUAGUCAAGGAAGCGUUUCAGACGGGCGUGGACCUUCGCCAGUACUCCAAACAGGUGGAGGCGGAGCUUGAGCAGAUUGAGCAGGCAUCCAUCAAGGACUACAUCAAGGAGAGCCAAAACAUCGCUCUGCUGCACCAGCAGAUCAGUGCCUGUGACGCCAUUUUAGAGCGGAUGGAGGAGAUGCUGAGCGGCUUCCAGAGCGACCUGUCCUCCAUCAGCAGCGAGAUCCACACGCUGCAGCGGCAGUCUCUCAGCAUGAACGUCCGUCUGAAGAAUCGCCAGGCCGUCCGCAGCCACCUCAGCCAGCUGGUGGACGAGCUGCUGGUGCCGGGGGCCAUGAUCUCCACCAUCCUGGACAGUCCGGUGACGGAGCAGCACUUUGUGGAGCAGCUGCAUGAGCUCAACAACAAGAUCAACCUGGCCAAGGAGCUCAGCUUCCGAGAGACGCUGGCCUGCUGCGACAUCCAAGACGUCGUGGACCGCCUCAAGGUCAAGGCAGUGUGCAAGAUUCGCGAGUUCAUCCUUCAGAAGAUCUACUCGUUCAGGAAGCCCAUGACCAACUACCAGAUCCCGCAGAACACUCUGCUCAAAUACAGGUUCUUUUACCAGUUCCUCUUGGCCAAUGAGAGGACGGUGGCCAAGGAGGUGCGAGACGAUUAUGUGGACACCAUGAGUAAGAUCUACUUCAGCUACUUCAAGUCGUACAGCGGUCGGCUGCUCAAAGUGCAGUACGAGGAAGUCGCUAACAAGGAUGACCUGAUGGGGGUCGAAGACACCGCCAAAAAAGGUUUCUUCUCCAAACCAUCUCUGAAGAGCAGGAACACCAUUUUCACUCUGGGCCAGAGGGGUGCCAUCCUGAGCCCCGCCGAGCUGGAGGCUCCCAUUCUGGUUCCUCACACGGCGCAGAGAGGCGACAGCAGGUACCCGUACGAGACGCUGUUCCGCAGCCAGCACUACGCCCUGCUGGACAACGGCUGCCGGGAGUUCCUCUUCCUGUGCGACUUCUUCAUGGUGACGGGAAAUUCCGCCCUGGACCUCUUCAACAGCAUCAUGGGAAAGACACUCGGCAUGUUCCUGAAGAGUAUGUCGACGUACGUGGCGGACUGCUACGACGGCAUCGCCGUCUUCCUGUGCAUCCACAUCAUCCUGCGCUUCCGAGCCAUCGCCGCCAAGAGGAACAUUCCGGCUCUGGACAAGUACUGGGAGGCGGUGCUGGAGCUGCUGUGGCCGCGCUUUGAGCUCAUCCUGGAGAUGAACAUCCACAGCAUCAGGAACAGCGACCCGCAGAAGCUGGGGCUGCUCGACAGCCGGCCGCACUACAUCACGCGUCGCUACGCUGAGUUCUCGUCGGCCGUUGUCAGCAUCAACCAGACGUUCCCCAAUGAGAGGAUCAACGCGCUGCUGGCUCAACUGCAGGCCGAGGUGGAGAACUUUGUGCUGAAGAUGGCAGCCGAGUUCCCGUCCAGAAGGGAGCAGCUCAUCUUUCUCAUCAACAACUACGACAUGAUGCUCGGCGUGCUCACGGAGAGGGCAGCAGACGACAGCAAGGAGGUGGAAGGCUUCCAGCAGCUUCUACUGGCCAGGACGCAGGAGUUUAUUGAGGAGCUCCUGUCGGCACCCUUCGGGGGGAUGAUCGCCUUCGUGAAGGAGGCCGAGGCGCUGAUGGAGAAAGGCCAGCUGGAGCGUCUGAAGAGCGACGAAGCUCGUAUCUGCCAGCUGGUGCGAGGCUUCUCGGGCUCGUGGAAGCAGUCGGUGGAGGCCAUGAGCCAGGACGUCAUGAGGUCCUUCACCAACUUCAAGAACGGAACCGGCAUCAUCCAGGGCGCCCUCACCCAGCUGAUCCAGUACUACCACGGCUUCCACAAGAUCCUCAGUCAGCCUGCGUUCCGCAGCCUGCCGGCCCGCUCCGAGCUCAUCAACCUGCAUCACCUCAUGGUGGAGGUCAAGAAGCACAAGCCCAACUUCUGACCGCCGUCCGCUUUACAAUCUUGUGACGAAAAUCUGUGACACAAAUUCCAUUUCAGUGGAAUUGAAAUAGAAAGUAAAAAGUUGUGCGGGUG